UUUAUCCUUUUAUCCAAUUACACGACGCCAUGUCAUCAUCAGCCAAGACCGAAUGUGGUGUUUCUCUGAUCGGUGAUCUCUCGCGCACACACCUUUUAGUUUAUCUCUCGUCCAAAGAAACAAACCCUAACUCUGUCAUGGAAGACUGGGAAGUGGUGAUCGAGAGCUCUGGAACUAAUCCGAAGAGCUUGGAGGAGAUUGAAGAUGGCACGCAAGGUAUGGUUACCUUCGAUUACUUCUCUAUCCAGAACUCAAACUCAAACUCAAACUGUGUGGGUCGCGUUGAUGCGAUUGAUGAAGAUGGCUCUGUCCAAUCGGGUAGUCCAGGCUGGAUCGAACCUACCUCCGACGCUCCUUAUGGCCCUAAGCUUUUUAGCGAGUUGUGGUCGGACUCUAGCAGCGAUCGGCUCGAUGAUGUGAACAACGACGAGUUGGGUUUGGAGAAAUCAGAGGAAUACAGCAAAAGUAUAGCGAAAGAGAAGCACUUGGAUAAACAUACAGAGAGAGAGGAGGAAUCUCCAGUUUCAGUACAAGGAAAGUCUGUUUCUGGUGGUGGAGGAGAAGAAAGGGUUUUUGUGUGGUGGAAGAUUCCGAUUGACGUUUUGAAGUAUUGUGUUUUCAGAGUUAAUCCUCUUUGGUCUUUCUCCAUGGCAGCAGCAGUGGUUGGUUUUGUUAUGUUAGGCCGCAGGUUGUAUCAUAUGAAGAAGAGCAAGAGCUCUACCUUGCAGCUUAAGGUCCUCCUUGAUGAUAAGGUGGCGAGUCAUGCUGCUCGGUUGAAUGAAGCAGCAAUCUCAUUGGUGAAACGUGUGCCCAUAAUCAGGCCAGCACUCCCAUCAUCGGUGGUGGGUAUGAACCAGUGGUCUAUGAUGAGUUUAAGGUGAAAUAUAAUGCAUAUAUAUGCAAGAUAAAUGAUUGAUGUGGUUGGCAUGUGUCAUAUGAUUGUGUUAUAUGACAAGUCUCAAAAUGGUUUAAAACAUACAAAAUAUGCUUCUAAGUUUGUACCGUGUGUGUGUAUAUAAAUAUUGUUACCUGUUUGAUGUACAAAUUGGAUGGAAUGGUUUGAUGGUUACGAAAAUGUGAUGAACGGUAAGAUAUAACUACAAAAAAUCUUCUAAAA